UAGUUAUGAACUUGUGGCAAUCAAUUGGCCAUUUCUUUUACAGAAAAGAAAAUGCGAACUGAGAGAUCGACAUCUGUUUGAAUUGAAGGGUUUAGGCAGGGCUUUGGUCGGUCAAGUUCCUGAAGAUGGCUUCUUCUCCAAGAAGCUAAUCAAUGACUCUUCUGAGCUCUGCUCCAUUCUAAGGCACAGAUUCACUCGGAGAAGAUCCCAACUUUAGCCUCCUUUACUUCCAUCCCCACUCAUGUUGAAGGCUCUCACAUCAAUCUCCCGUUUCCACGCGGCUUCGUCGGCCUUCAGCCGCCAUGUCCGGCCGCACACAGAACCAAAUUUGCCAAUGCACAGAGUUGUCAGAUCAAUCAGAGUCCCCGCGCAGAAGGGGCCUCAUUUCUACAGACGAUUUUUCUGCUCGGAGAACAGCAAUGGGCUCGAUCCACAAACGGAGGCCGUGUCAGAAGCCAAGCAGGCAGAGGUUGAAGGUGAAGGGGCUGCUGAGUCCGUGAAUUCGUCUGCCAUGGUUCCUACUGUGUUUCGGCCCGAAGAUUGCCUAACGGUUAUAGCGCUGCCAUUGCAACAUAGACCAUUAUUUCCUGGAUUUUACAUGCCAGUCUUUGUGAAGGACCCAAAAGUCUUAGAGGCACUAGCAGAAAGUCGAAAAAGGCAAGCACCUUAUGCUGGUGCUUUCCUUAUUAAAGAUGAACCAGGGACUGACCCAAGUAUUGUGUCAGAUGCUAGUAGCAAUAUUUCUGAACUGAAAGGAAAAAAUUUGUUUGACCGUCUACACGAAGUUGGUACCCUUGCACAGAUUACAAGUAUACAAGAAGAUCAGGUUGUUCUUAUUGGCCAUAGGCGAAUUCAAAUAACAGAAAUGGUUAGUGAAGAACCACUUACUGUAAGAAUCAGUCAUCUCAAGGAGAAGCCAUAUAAUAAAGAUGACGAUGUGAUAAAAGCAACAUCUUUUGAAGUUAUAUCAACCCUGAGGGAUGUUUUGAAGUCAAGUUCAUUAUGGAAAGAUCAUGUUCAAACUUACACUGCACAUAUAGGAGAUUUUAAUUAUGCACGGUUAGCAGAUUUUGGAGCAGCAAUAUCUGGUGCUAACAAGCAGCAUUGUCAACAAGUUCUUGAAGAGCUUGAUGUGCAUAACCGUCUAAAGCUUACUUUGGAAUUAGUGAAGAAAGAAAUGGAGAUCAGCAGGAUCCAGGAAACAAUUGCAAAGGCUAUUGAAGAAAAAAUAAGUGGGGAGCAGCGGCGCUACUUGCUCACUGAGCAACUGAAGGCCAUAAAGAAGGAACUCGGACUGGAGACUGAUGACAAGACAGCUCUGUCUGCAAAAUUUAGAGAAAGGUUAGAGCCCAAUAAAGAGAAAAUCCCAUCACAUGUUAUGCAAGUGAUUGAAGAGGAAUUGACAAAGAUGCAAUUGCUUGAAGCAAGUUCGAGUGAAUUUAGUGUGACACGAAACUACUUAGAUUGGUUGACUGCGUUGCCCUGGGGAACAUACAGCAAUGAAAACUUUAAUGUGUUGCGUGCACAUGAGAUACUUGAUGAGGACCACUUUGGACUAGAUGAUGUUAAAGAAAGGAUAUUGGAAUUUAUUGCCGUGGGGAAUCUUAGAGGAACCUCACAAGGAAAAAUUAUUUGCCUAUCUGGCCCUCCUGGAGUUGGGAAAACUAGUAUUGGUCGUUCAAUUGCACGUGCUUUGAAUCGUAAGUUCUACCGGUUUUCUGUUGGAGGCCUGUCUGAUGUUGCUGAAAUAAAGGGACAUCGACGUACUUACAUUGGUGCCAUGCCAGGGAAGAUGGUACAAUGUUUGAAAAAUGUAGGAACAGCUAAUCCUUUAGUUCUGAUAGAUGAGAUUGAUAAGUUGGGCAGGGGACAUGCAGGUGAUCCGGCAAGUGCAAUGCUGGAGCUUUUAGACCCUGAGCAGAAUGCCAAUUUUCUGGAUCACUAUCUUGAUGUCCCAAUUGAUUUAUCAAAGGUUUUGUUUGUCUGCACGGCAAAUGUGAUUGAGAAGAUACCAAAUCCUCUUUUAGACAGGAUGGAGGUGAUUGCCAUUGCUGGUUAUAUAACGGACGAGAAGAUGCAUAUUGCUAGGGAUUAUUUGGAGAAGACCACUCGUGAAGCAUGUGGCAUUAAGUCUGAACAGGUUGAGGUGACCAAUGCAGCUCUUCUUGCUUUAAUUGAAAAUUACUGCCGAGAAGCAGGUGUCCGUAACCUCCAGAAACAAAUUGAAAAGAUCUAUCGCAAGAUUGCUCUGCAGCUUGUUCGCCAAAGAGCACACACUGAAAGUCAACAUGCUGCAAGCGCUGAGCCCAAUAUACAAGGUGAGGUGAAGGAGGAAUCGGUCUGCGCAAAUUCUGUAAGCUCUGGUGAAGAUGUGGCCCAAAUUGUAGCUGAGCCAGACAUUGACGGAGAUAAAAACGCCUCAAAUAUUUUGGAAGCUGUACGAUUGGAAGGGCAAACUGACCAAACUGACAAGCUCACAGAUGGAGUUAAGUCAAAGAGUGCUGAUGAAAUGGAGAAAAUAAACAGAGGUGCUGAUGAAACAGAGAAAAUACAUGGAGGUGCCGAUGAAACAGAGAAAAUAAAUGGAGGUGCCGAUGAAACGGAGAAAAUAAACAGACAUGAAGACGCUCCAACAAUACAAAAGGUGGUUGUGGACUCAUCAAACCUAGCGGAUUAUGUUGGCAAGCCAGUGUUUCAUGCGGAGCGCAUCUAUGAAUAUACCCCAAUUGGAGUUGUAAUGGGUCUUGCUUGGACUGCAAUGGGUGGGUCAACAUUGUAUAUAGAGACUACUCUGGUGGAGAAAGGAGAUGGGAAAGGGGCGCUCAAUCUGACAGGACAACUUGGAGACGUGAUGAAAGAAAGUGCACAAAUUGCACACACAGUUGCCCGGUCCAUAUUGCAUGAAAAGGAUCCCGAAAACCCUUUCUUUUCCAAUAGCAAACUUCAUCUUCAUGUUCCUGCAGGAGCUACCCCAAAGGAUGGUCCAAGUGCUGGUUGCACCAUGAUCACGUCCUUGUUGUCUCUUGCCAUGAAUACACAUGUCAAAAAGGAUCUAGCCAUGACCGGGGAAGUCACUCUCAUGGGAAAGAUCCUUCCCAUUGGCGGGGUGAAGGAGAAGACAAUAGCAGCAAGGCGAAGUGGCGUGAAGACCAUCAUAUUCCCAGAAGCCAACCGAAGAGAUUUUGAUGAACUUGCAUCAAAUGUGAAGGAGGGCCUCGAAGUUCAUUUUGUCGAUGAUUAUAGCCAAAUUUUCGACGUGGCUUUCAGCGACAGCCAAAAGACAGACAAUUGAUAGCACGCAAGUUCAAGGCUUAACCACACGAGUCAUGUGCACCAGAUGUCAUACUUAGCUCUCCAGUUCAUACCAACAUCAACAACUUAUUUGUAUGCAUUCAUUGUACUAACUGGAACAGGCAGUCCAAUAGUUUAUUUGGCCAUACAUUCAAUUUUCUCAGCAUACAAUAAAGGCUAGAAGAGAGAGCCUUGAUGAGAGUACAUAAUGUGUUUUAACUUUUAAGGUAGUGUUUGGCAACUAGCAUUUCAUUU